GAUAGAUAUUUAUAAAGAAAUUGUUUGUUAUGAUUUGUUGAUUUUUUUCAAGAAUAAAAACAUGUUCCUUACAUAUGCAAACGUUAGAAAAAUUGUUAUCAAUAAAUUGGAGUCACUUCAAUAAACGAAAGACAUAUUUACGUUGAUUUUUAUAACUAUAUCAAGAGAUUAUAUAGCGAAAGAAAAAUUCACAAUAGACAGGUUUUAACAGCUAUAGUUGAAAUUGACAGUGAUAGUGACUCUGAUUAUGAACAAGAAAGAGUCUUAUGGUCAGACACCUUUUUGGAGGAGGAAAAUAAGAAUUUUGCAUAGCCAUUUAGAUGUAAAUAAAGAUGGAAUAAUCAAUUAUGAUGACUUCAUGCUACAGAUAGAACGAUUUUCUAAAAUAAGAGACUUUUCUACAGAAGCAACUAUAGAAUUUAUAAAGAUAUUAACAACCUUGUGGGGAGAAUUAUGGAGAGAAGUUAAUCCUUACAAUCUAAUCAGCAUUGAAAAAUAUAUAGAGGAAAUGCAUCAUGUACUUAAUGAUCCUUGUUUGAAAAAGAAAUGUCAUAGUUUUUUACUUUUUCUUUUUAAGAUAUGUAGCUACUAUAGGAUUAUGAGCUCUAAAUAUAUAAUACAAUAUACAGCAUUAAACAUUAUAUUGUUUUGAUUAUCAGGCAAUUGAUAAAGGUCAAAAUGGUAAGAUCAAUAUAAAAGAAUUAAAACUAUUUUUUAAAUGUUUGGGACUAGAAAAUGAUGUAAGUACAAUACCUUGUUCAUAAUACAUUACAGUAAAUCUCUAUAUGAUGUAUAGGGUAUAUUUUAUGUUUUAUGAAUCCAUAUUAUAUGAGUUACAAAUUUUUUCAAGAAAUACAUAUUUUUUGAAUGAUUUACAUUUUACUGUUUAUACUUUUUUUUAUAGCAUGCUGUUAUAUCAUUCAACUACAUUGAUAUAAAUGAAAAUGGAAAACUCAUUUUGGAAUAAUUUGUAACUUUAGGUAGAGAUUUUUUUCUUACCAAGAAUCAUACUAAGCCGAACAAAUUCUUUUAGGGCCCUCUGGUAGAUUAAUUAUCUCAUGUAUAUAUUAAACAAUUGGUAAAACUUGUGAUAGUUGUAGGAUUGUUAUAGGAAUAUUGUGAUAAUUAUAGGAUUGUAAGUUUUCAACAAUGAUAAAUAAUAUUUAAAAUGUAGAUUAUCGUGUAGAGAUUUAAUAUAAGAUUUUGUAUCAACGACUGAAUUAAAACGACAAAUAGCAUAAUAACUGAAAAAAAAAAAUAAGACGAAUAAAGGAAUUAUUUACUCUCACUAAAGAGAACUUUUUAAUUUAAUACAACAAUGAAACAAUGUUAUAAAUUUUAAAAAUGUUAUUGUAUUGACUUAAGGUACAAAGAUACAUGUAUACUGUCAAUGGGUGAUUGUACAAACGAAUACAUUUUGGGAAUAGUACAAUAGUUUAAUGGUAAAUGUGACCAUAUGAUCCCAUGACAUACACUUACGAUCGAAUUAUUCGUUUUCGUAUUGCAUUAUCAUUUCCUUGACUUUCUAAGAGAAAAACCUUCUCCGGUGAAUGCUUUGAAUUCAUCUUGAUCUU